UAUUAACAAAUCUUUAUUUAAAAGUUUAUAUACCCUGGUAUCAUUUGGUAGAAAAUGUGUGUCUAUGAUUAGAGCAACCACAAAGCCGUUCCAAUUUAAAUUUUUAUUGCAACAGUCAUUAUCUGCUCAACAGUCGGUCACUUUUAAACGGAUUCUUUGUGUGUAAUUUAGAGUAUUUCUUUCUUUAUUCGUUAUUAGUGUAUAAUUUUUACACAAUUUAAAAUGUCGUCUAAUGCAGCAGAUGAUAAGAAAACCAUUCCCGAUAUUAUUAUCGACAAAACCAGAAACUGCAGCUAUCAAAGAUUACGGUUCUUUGGAAAAGGAGGUUUUGCAAAAUGUUACGAGAUCCAGCAUACUGGUACAAAAGAAGUGUUUGCAGGCAAGAUAGUGCCCAAGUCAAUGAUGACAAAAUCGAGCCACAAAGAAAAGAUGGCUCAGGAGAUAUCUAUCCACCGCUCGCUGACGCACAAGCAUAUUGUAGGCUUCCACAGCUUCUUUGAAGAUAUUUCUAAUAUUUACAUAGUGCUAGAGCUGUGUAAACGGCGGUCCAUGAUGGAGCUCCACAAGCGCCGAAAAGCGAUCACGGAACCAGAGACUCGGUUCUUCAUGCACCAGAUACUUGAGGGUGUACGAUACCUGCACAGCCACCGCAUCAUCCACCGCGACCUCAAGCUGGGGAACCUGUUCCUCGAUGACGACUUACACGUCAAGAUCGGCGACUUUGGACUCGCCGCUAGAAUUGAAUUUGAUGGAGAGAGAAAGCAGACUGUUUGUGGAACGCCUAACUACAUUGCACCAGAGAUACUGACUAGGAAAGGUCACUCUCUGGAAGUGGACAUUUGGAGCUUGGGUUGUAUCAUGUACACAUUGCUCGUCGGGAAACCCCCCUUCGAGACCUCCUCUUUGAAGGAUACCUACAAGAGAAUAAAAGAAUGUGAAUACAGAAUCCCGUCGUCGUUGCGCAAGCCUGCCGUGGAGAUGAUCGUGAUGCAGCUGCAGGAGGACCCGCUGAAGCGCCCGUCUGUGGACAAGCUGCUGCAGCACCAGUUCUUCACGUCGGGCAUCAUGCCCGCCGCGCUGCCGCUCUCCUGCCUCACCACCGCGCCGCGCACAGACCAGCUCGAGAAACUCGCGCUUCAGCGCCGUCCGCUACAUGAAAUCAAUUAUAUUGACGAUGGACACUGCGGUGAAAAGAUCUCGGUGCCUCAGUCAAACCGAAAGCACCUGUUUGCUCUACGAGAUCAGCUCGACAAAUUGAUGUCUACUGCGCCUAGUGACCGGUGGCCAGUGCUGACGGACGAGCUGAGCGACCCGGCCGCGCAGCCGCUCGUGUGGAUCAGCAAGUGGGUGGACUACAGCGACAAGUACGGCUUCGGCUACCAGCUGUGCGACGAGUCCGUCGGCGUCAUGUUCAACGACACCAGCAAGAUCGUCAUGCUCGCCAACGGAGUGAAUGUACACUUCAUCACUCGCGAAGGCCAAGAAAUUUAUGUAACAAUGGAUGAUUACCCGCCUGAACUCUCUAAGAAAAUGAAGCUUCUGAGCUACUUCAGGAGAUACAUGAGUGAUUACCUCAUGAAAGCAGGCGCGUCGGCGGUGGUGCGCGAGAGCGACGGGCUGUCGCGACUGCCGCAUCUGCACCAGUGGUUCCGCUCCACGCUGGCCGUCAUCAUGUACCUCACUAAUGGCACUCUGCAGAUAAACUUCCAAGACCACUCAAAGAUAAUACUGUGCCCGCUGAUGCAAGCCGUGACGUACAUAGACGUAGAGAAGAACUUCCGGACAUUCCGCUUCAGCACCAUCGAGAAAUACGGGUGCGACCAGAAGCUGUACAACAACCUCUCGUAUGCUCUAGACAAGUUAAACGCGGUGCUCGGCAUAGGCCCGAUGAUAACGUUCAGUUAGAUGACUUCGCCGCCGCCCACCGCGCCGUGGGGAGUUAGCGCUAGACUAUUGACAGUCACUGACAAGUGAGCCUUUAUACUAGGGAACUAUGAGAGCCAUAACCGCAACAUGAUCAUGUUAAUGGCUUUCCAUUUCAAUUUCAAAAAUCAAUUUCACUACCAACAAAUUAUUGUUUUCUUAUGAUUGUUGCAUGGUAUUCUUUUUGUUAGCUAUUUUUGUUAAUUCGCUUUCUAUUUGGCAAGUUCCUUAAAAACAAUUCCUGUUUUGAUUUGUGUCCAGUAUUUAUGUUAUAUUUAGGUGAUUUUGAUGUAAGUAGUGAUCGAAAGAAAAGGGUUAUUCCGACUAGUUACCAUCAAGUUGUUACCAGUGACAACUCUGAAUUUUUUACCACUUUUUACCAGUGAUUUUACUUUACUUUUACUGGAAAAAAUCCCAAGUUACCACCAAAAUUUUGUUAAGUUCAAAACGAAUAAAAACAGUAUAAAUAGUAUUAUAAAAAUAUAGAGUACUUUAAUAAAUAAUUAUAAUUCGAUUAGGUUUCAAUACACUGCCUUUAAAGUUAUUAAAAAUAAAAAACAGUUUUACCGGUUUAUUAAAGUACUCUAUAUUUUUGUAAUACUAUUUAUACUGUUUUUAUUGGUAUUGAACUUCACAACAUUUUAGUGGUAACUGCUGGGGGAAAAAAUCCCACCUUUUCGCAGUAGUUACCACUGGUUGUGGUUACUAGUUGGAAUAAACCAAAUGAAAUAGGUUUGUAGCUGUUAAAAAGUACUGUCUUGAAAGUUUUGGUGUUUGUUUAUUGGCUUGCCAAGAAUAGACGCUAAAAUUACAUGAGGUAUUUAGGAAUUCCUCCUUAAGACAGUACCUUUACCAGUCAUACACGUGCACAAUUCCAAAAUGGCGUGCAGUGCGAGCGCCCGCAUUCGUCUGCUUUGCAAAUUUACCCUUUUCUCAAUAUCCUUUUUGACUUCGAUUCUGCAUUUAAUUGUUAAAUUCAGAUAGUCGGUUUGUUUAAGUAGUAUGUAGCUUACGUUGGGGGUCUAAUCCAGAUUAGAUUUAAAACUUUACACACAAAGAAAAGGAAUCAAUUCACGCGUUUAAAAAAACAACAGUUUAAUUCGUUUCAGGUUUGACCACUGAAAAAAAACCGUUUUCUAGGGAUAGACAAAAACGCUUGGAAAAAUAACAGCUAUUUUUAUUUUAAGUAAUAAGUUUUUGCCAAAAAUAUAAUUUUUGGUACAAGCUUUUAUCGGUGACUGUACUUUUUCACCACAAGCAGCUAAUUAAUAGUAAUGUACUAUUUCUUUGACAAUAGAUUUUUUUUCAUGAACACCAGUAAUUUGAGUUACCUCCCCCAGGCUAGUCUUUCGUCGAUUAUAUUGUCAUUUCCUAAAAUAAUUCUGUGGUGUUCCUAAAGUAAAUCUGUUUUCAGGAUUAGCAUUUUACGAAGUGUAUGGAAGUUGUUAAUAAACUGGGAGCUUUACCCAAAAGCCACGAACUGAUCACCAGUGGUGCAUAUAAGAGCGGGACGACCGCUCCGUGACAGUUGCAGUCCAGCUACAGCUUCGGCAUAUGCAAGAAGUGAAUAGCAAUGAGUGGACAGUUAGGAGAAGUCCUUGGAAAGUAAGAGUCAGAACGGCGGGUGUACCUAAAUAAAAUUAAAUGAAAACUUAUGCUUUCCAAUUAUGUUUAUUUAGGUACACCCGCCAUUCUGACUUUCACCUUGGAAAGGCUACCUGACUCCAAAAAGACCUGUCACCAGGCCUAAAUUGCUACCAAGCUUUCAUACAAUAAGGUUGCCAUUUUCUAAAAAACACGUGAAUUUAAUUAUUUGACGAGUAGUGUGCGUUUAAGUAAAUGUGACGGAAGAGGAGGAGAGGUAGUGCUGCAUCAGAGAAACAAAUGACUAUGGACCUUAUGAUAGAGGUUCUUUAAUGAUGUAGGCAAGCAUUACCUACAACGGCGGGAACCAGAUUUCUUUGUACCUGGCAUAGGUCAUGACUACAGGUAGAUAGCGACAAAAUGAGUCAUUGAUUUCCUCCUUCCAUUACGCUUGUUAUGAUGAGGGCAGACGCAGAGCAAUGGCCCUUGUCAUUACCACAAGGAUAAGGUAAUGGACUGACCAACCCUGGAUCUCUAUCCCAUCAAACAGGUGUGGAACUGUCAAAAAGGACGGUUCGGAAGCAGCAUCCUGCACCAUCCAAAGUCGAGGACGUGAGAGCAGCUUUGCUGAAAGAAUCUGAAGUCAUACCACAGAAUUAUAUUAGGAAACUAAUGUUACCGAUAAAAAACCAAUUAACAUGUGUAAUGUCUGGGGUUUGGCAACAACAAUUACCUACUAAUUAAAAAAAAAAAAAAUUUUAAGAUAAUGUUUUUAUUUAUAAAAAAAAAUACUGCAAUGUAUCCAAGCGUUUUUUGUGUAUUCUUAGAUUACGGGGAUUUUAUCAGUCGUUAAACCUGAAAUAAUAAAUAUUACUCUAAGAUUGAUUGAUUGAAUAAGUGAUGCUAGCGUUCGUUUGGUUUUAUUUGAAAUCAAAUGUCCCAUAGGGUUCGACCCCUCCCAGUUCUCUUACAUACCAUACAAUAUGCAAUCGAGUUGUUAGAGAACAUUUAGCAGAAGCUACGCUCGUUUUUGACUGGAUAUGACCCUGACCCCUGAUAUCGUAUCGAUUAUGAAGAUAUACAUUAUGACAUGGGAUGGCAGGACACUUACGUUGGGGUUUGGGAUAUCUUCGUGAUAACUGAUUUUUUUUAGACUUCAAUGACCGAAUGAAUUCGUGACAUAAUUCUAUAUUAUUAAAAAAAAAUCCCUUUAACGUUGCUCUCGGAACAAACUAAAAUUAUUGUCAUUUAUCUAUAUAGUUUUUUUUUUACCCAUUGCUAUCUUAUAAAAAUGUUUUACUUCCCAUUUUCCAUAUAUUCGGUUACAAUCACUAACUGUUUUGUAAGCUCUUGCCUACUAAUUAUUGUAGCAAAAUAAAUUAACUGGAAUAUUGUGUCGGCGAACUGCGGCUCACGAACAGUUUGCGGAUUUUCGAAGUUCGUUUCAAAUAAUAAUAAUUUAAAUCGGUCCUGAAGGAACAUACAAAAUAUGAGAACCUCCUUUUCUAUUGUUGGUAAAAAUCAAUAUUGAGCACAGUUUUAUAUCAAAACUAGUAAUGACAUCAAAUUGACUGAAAUCUAGAGAAGGAAAGGAAGCAAUUUAUACUAGGGUUAGUAAAAAAAAAAACACUAUUUUCGUUUAAUUUCGAUGAAAUUUUCAUUUUAUUGAGAAACUUACGAAGGCGCGGAAUCGAUCUAGAUGUGUUUCACUUUUGAGACAGUUGUUUCCCUGAGUCUUUUUUGCUGCUUAGAUUAUUUGUAUAUGACUUAUUUUUAUAUGUGUUACCGACAUUAUUUUUAAGAUACCUCAUUGUCACACUAGAUCAACCAAAAUUACUGAAAAUUGCAGGAAUGAUGCCAUGACAAAUGCCGAAUGAAGUAAAAUGUUAAAAAAUUCACAAUAAUUGAAAAUGUUAAUAAGUACCUAUUAAGGGUAUGGUGUAGUAAAAUGAUUUGGUAACAAAAAAAAACAAAUGAUUCAACUAAGCAUAUCGAAAAUAUGCUGAACCUAAAUGGUUUUUUAUUUUUAUUUUAUCUAAUGCUGUAUCGCAGCAGCAGUGAGUGGCAGCAUGGUUCCAUUUUUAUCGCUUGCCACUAUGCCCGUCACUUUGGCGCUUACAUACUUGUUAAAACGUGACAGGCAUGGUGACAAAUGAUAAAGAGCCGACCAUCUUAUCCCUUACAGUCUUCAUUUUGCUUCAUGCUGACACCGCAGGUUACAUUUCCUAUCCAUUUGUAACUUAGCAUCUAUAUCUUAACGGCACCAAUUAUGGGACAUUUAAGAGAAUUUAAUUUUGAGUAUUUUUGAUAUUUAUGCGUUAAAAGUUGAAUGUCUUUUGUCUUCAUUGUAUUUAAGGAAAGAUACUUAAAUUGGUUCCAAUAUUGUUAACAAAUUCAAACUAUGUUUUUUAUUCUUCAGUCAUGGGCUGUAUGACGCCAUUAGUUUUUAAACUAACAAAAAUCAAACUUAAACAGCUCUAUGGCUCCUGUUUAUGGUAAAAUGUUGCCUGCAGUGUUUAAAAACUAGUGAUAUACUUAUUUUGCAGCAUUUAUCUAUACCACCCCUAUGAUGGGCUUAGCACCAGUCAUUACUGGUGCCAAUAUAUAUAAUAGGGGCAUACUAUAGUAAGCAAGCUCCCAGUGGACUAUUAAUAGUAAUAUUAUAAGUAUUCGUGCUUAUCUGUCACUGGGCUGACUAUGACGAUGCGUUUACUUUUCGCAGUUUAUUUAUUUUUGUAUUUUGUUGUACCUUACCCAGGAAAGUACCUAAUAUAAACUAACAUUUUCUAUACAUUAUACGAUAAUAUAAAAA